AUGCGGAUUCUCCCCGUUUUUAGAGGAGCACUUCUGUGCUUCUACGUGUCCUUACUCUUCGCUGCAACCUUCUGCUAUGCUGAUGACAAGAAAGUUGAGGUAGUUGGGAUAGGAGAAUGUGCAGAUUGUGCACAGAGUAACAUCAAGACUGUUCAUGCCUUUUCAGGUAACCGUGUUAUUUUGGCACAUGUUAAGAGGUACAGGCAUUUAAUUUCUGGCAUACAUCAGCGGCUUAAAGUGACAAUUGAUUGCAAGCCUGAAAAUGGAGAGUUUAAAACAAGAGGGGCUGGUGAGCUUGACGAAGAAGGGAAGUUCAAAGUGUCUCUUCCAAAUGAUGUUGCGAAGGAUGGAAAAUUAAAGGAAGAAUGCUAUGCACAACUUCACAGUGCAUCAGCUGCACCAUGCCCAACCAUCGAUGGCCUAGAGUCCUCCAAGAUUGUCUUCAAGUCGAAAUCUGAUGAGAAACAUACAUUUGGGCUGGCAGGGAAACUGAAAUUUUCACCUGUGACUUGCACUUCAGCGUUCUUGUGGCCUCACCCACUGCAUAAAUUGCCUCCGUUGCCUAAAUGGAAACUUCCACCAUUGAAAAGCUUUCACCAUCCGUACCUAUUCCCACCUAAGGUCAUUCCUCCACUCCCUACGAAGGUUUUCCCUCCUCUCCCACCAAAGGUCUUCCCUCCAAAGCCUUUCCUCCCACCAGUUCCAGUCUACAAGAAGCCACUUCCACCUCCCGUUCCAAUCUACAAGCCUCCUCUAAUCCCAAAGGUCCUGCCACCUCCUGUUCCAAUCUACAAGCCGAAGCCAAAACCACCAGUUUUCAAGCCUCCUCCCGUUCCAAUCUACAAGCCAGAGCCAAAACCACCACUUUUCAAGCCCCCUCCCGUUCCAAUCUACAAACCAAAGCCAAAGCCACCAGUUUUCAAGCCCCCUCCCGUUCCACUCUACAAACCAAAGCCAAAGCCACCUCCAGUGCCCAUCUAUAAGCCAAAGCCAAAACCACCAGUUUUCAAGCCUCCUCCCGUUCCAAUCUACAAGCCGAAGCCAAAACCACCAGUUUACAAGCCUCCUCCCGUUCCAAUCUACAAGCCAAAGCCAAAGCCACCAGUCUUCGAGCCACCUCCAGUGCCCAUCUACGUGCCAAAACCAAAACCACCAAUCGUCAAGCCUCUCCCACCCCCUGUUCCAAUCUACAAGCCUCUACCACCUCCAGUUCCGAUCUACAAGCCUCUCCCACCUCCCGUUCCGAUCUACAAGCCUCUACCACCUCCCGUUCCGAUCUACAAGCCUCUCCCACCUCCCGUUCCGAUCUACAAGCCUCUACCACCUCCCGUUCCGAUCUACAAGCCUCUCCCACCUCCCGUUCCGAUCUAUAAGCCUCUCCCUCCAAUCCCAAAGAUCCCUCCAUUUUAUAAGAAGCCAUACCCUCAUCUUCCUAAGCUUUCUCCUCACCCCAAGAUUCCUCCAAAGUACCUCCACCACCCCAAGAUUCCUCCAAAGUACUUUCACCACCCCAAGUUCGGAAAUUGGCCUCCCUUGCCACCAUAUUCUCCCAUUCAUUAG